AUGGUAGCUGUCAUCUCCGGCCGCGUCUUCAUUGGCCCCGAGCUUUGCCACAAAGAAGAGUAUCUAGAGGCCAGCACUAUGUUUGUCGUCGACCUCUUCCAGGCAGCGGCCAAGAUAAAGAGGUGGCCGAAGUUCUUGCGCUUCAUCGGCAAACACUAUGUCCCUGAGAUCAAGAAGUUGGCUGAACACAGACGCCGCGCUGCCCAAGUCCUGAUCCCAGUCAUUGAAGCACGCAAAAGAUUGCACAAAGAAGUUACCGAGGUACCAGAGGACAUGCUGCAAUGGUUCAUUGUCAAAUCUAGCAAGUUUGGCAUGAGCAAGAAUGAGCAGCUCGCCGAAACGCAGCUCAGCUUGAGCGUCGUUGCUAUGCACACCACCACAAUGGCAGCCACACAUACAGGUCCAAUAUCUGUUCUAGCCGCCAAUGAGAACGAAUGGUCAACUAGCGCCCUCUUCCAGAUGAAGCUGCUCGACUCAGUCUUACGCGAGUCCCAACGUUUCAAUCCCGCCAGCUUAAUCAGCUUCAUGCGAACUAUCACAAAACCAGUGACGCUUGAAGAUGGCACUCAGCUCCUGCCUGGCACCAACAUCGCGGUGCCCAUGGUCGGCCCACUACAAGACAAUCUUGACUACACUGAAUCAACCCAACUCGAUCCCUACCGCUUCGUGUCCAUCCGCAGCGAGGCCCGCAGCGAUCCAUUACAGUAUGCAAACAAGGAACAGUAUCAAUUCGUGUCAUCGACCAAGGAGAACAUGGCCUUUGGCUUUGGCCGCCACGCGUGUCCAGGCCGCUUUUUUUGCUGCUACAGAGAUUAA